UCUUCUUCCUCCUCCCAUUCUUUUCCCAGGUGAGGUCAACUGGAUCAGAAGGAGGUGAGAAGGAAGAGUGACAAGUGUGGCAGGAAAGCAAGAAGGAAACAUGGCCGGAAAGGAGAAUGAGCUUUGCAAAAGCCUGAUCAUAUGGUUACAGACAUUCAACACCACGACUCCUUGUAAAACGAUCCAGGACCUCAGUAGCGGCGUUACCAUGGCACAGAUUCUACACAAAAUUGAUAGCACUUGGUUUGAUGACUCCUGGCUCACUCGCAUUAAAGGGGAUGUCCACGACAAUCGUAGGAUAAAGAUCAAUAAUUUAAAGAAGAUUCUGCAAGGAAUUACCGAUUAUUACCAGGAGUAUCUAGACCAACCAAUUUCAGAAUUCCUCAUUCCUGAUCUGAAUCGAAUAGCAGAACAAUCUGAUCCGACAGAGAUGGGCCGGCUACUCCAACUUAUUUUAGGUUGUGCAAUUAACUGCGACAAGAAAGAAGAGCACAUCCAGACUAUAAUGACACUUGAGGAGUCUGUGCAACACGUUGUCAUGGAUGCAAUUAAAGAGUUGUUGAAUAAAGACACAGUUGAUUCUCCUACAAUUGAUUUGCAUGGAGAUCUGGAAGAGCAGUUAAAAAGAGCACUUGAGGACCUUCACGAAGCUCAGGUAGAAAAAGAAGAACUGCAUCAGCGAUGUCAAGAACUUGACACACAGGUGGCUGCCCUUCAGGAUGAAAGAAACAGCUUAUUGGUUGAAUAUCAAGACCAGAACGAGAGAUUGAACCAAUUAGAUGCAUUUGAUGAGCCCAGUACUGUAGUGGCAAAGAAGUAUUUUCAAAUACAACAACAAUUGGAGCAAAUACAAGAAGAGAAUUUCAGGCUUGAGGCUGCAAAGGAUGAUUACCGGGUCCACUGUGAGGAGUUGGAAAAGCAGCUGAUUGAAACUCAGAGCAGGCACGAUGAGCUGCUUAGUCAGGCGGAGGAGGCCAGAUCUCUGAAGGAUGAAAUGGAUGUGUUAAGAGCUACUGCAGAUAAAGCUGCAAAACUGGAGUCUUCCAUGGAGGUGUAUCGCAAGAAGCUGGAGGACCUCGCAGACCUACGCAGACAAGUGAAGUCUCUGGAGGACACAAAUUUAAUGUAUAUGCACAAUACAGUAACCUUGGAAGAUGAGCUAAAGAAGGCAAAUGUUGCUCGUGCUCAGCUUGAAACGUACAAACGACAGGUUCAAGAUCUUCAUAAUAAACUUUCUUUGGAAUCAAAGCGAGCGGAUACCUUGGCAUAUGAAAUGAAGGCCGUGCAAGAUAAACAAGAGGCUGUUCUUAAAGAAAAAGAGAGAAUUAUAGUUCAACGUGAUGCUUUGAAAGAGACGAACGAGGAGCUGAGAUGUUCACUGAUGCAGCAAGAUCACCUUAAUCAGUCGGGUGAUUCUCGUGGGAAAAAUUUUGAUAAUCUUGCUGCCGAACUACUGCCUGUGGAAUACCGAGAAAUGUUUAUACGACUACAGCAUGAAAAUAAGGUGUUGCGUCUACAGCAGCAAGGGGCAGAAAAUGAGCGCAUUGUAGAACUGCAAGCAGAGCUGGAAGAAAACCGGCGUAAGAUGAGCGAGCUGGAAACCGAAAAAAGGUUAAAUAUAGGUCGUGUGGAGGAAAUGCAGCAGCAGAUCACUGACCUACAGAAGACUUUGCAAAACCAGGGAACAGAAACAGACGGAGCUGGUUCCAACACAUUGAAACAGAAGAUAGUAGCACAAAUGGAAAAACUGAAGGAAGUUCAUGAUGCUAUAGAGACAAAAAAGGAACUGCUUGAUGACCUCCAGCCAGAUGCAAAUGAAAGCACUUUAAGAAUUGAGGAGCUGGAGAAAGCACUUCGCAAGAAAGAAGACGACAUGAAAUCAAUGGAGGAGCGAUAUAAGAUUUAUCUAGAGAAAGCAAGAAAUGUGAUAAAGACUUUGGAUCCAAAGCUAAAUCCGGCAUCUGCUGAAAUUAUGUCAUUAAGGAAGAUGCUGACAGAAAAAGACAAGAAAAUUGAACUUUUGGAGAGUGAAUGUCAGCAAGCCAAGCUGCGAGAAUAUGAAGAGAAGUUAAUAGUAACUGCGUGGUAUAAUAAGAGUACACAGUACCAGAAACUGGCCAUGGAAUCACGUUUAGCUGGAAGAGGAAGAGAUUCAGGGUCCGGUUCUACAGGAAGAUCUUUUCUUGCACAGCAACGACAUGUGACCAACGCCAGGCGUAAUCUAUCUCUAACUGUGACUCCAACACCACCUAAAUGAAUCUCACAGGACAUAAUACACUAAGUGCCUUUCAUAGUAUUUUAUAGCUUCCGGGUUAAAACCAUAAGCAUGACGACAAUGGUGCUCGGUCAUCCACGACUGGAAUUUAGACACAUCAUGGUCACUGUAUCAUUCUAAGACACUUUUUUUUGCAAAUUACAAUCAGUGGUUCUAUACAGAAUUUCUUAAACGUCUUAAAAUGUUCACAAUGCAUGUUCUACACCGUCCAAAUAAGAUGAUUCAAUGUUCACUGAAAUUCAUUAGGAUAAUCUCGCUAUUUUUGUAAGGUCUUCAGAGCAUUUAUUCAGUUUGUAUGUCAUAGAAACUGGAAGCUAAUAAUCUAUUUAAAUAAGACGGUCUUAAUAGAGAUAUUUGCAUGGGAUCUUCUUUUUUAAACAUUUGAUAUUCAUUUAAAAAAUCCUUAUGGUAUUAAAUAAUUUAUAUGUAAAAUAUUAAUUCUUGUACUUCUCAGAAUCAUUUACAUGGUGCAAGUUCUUCCAGAGAGAAAUAUAUAUAAUGAGCUUUUUGUACGUUACUAUAGCUAUUCACUCUUUAGUAUUUUAGUUUUCUUUAGAUGCUCGUUUUUAUAGCAGCUUUGCAAUUGUUUGUUUGUUUUCUGUAUUUUUUAAUUUCAUUAUUGAAGCACAGAAACAUUUUUCCUUAGACUUAAAGGGACAGUAUACUUGAACAUUUUUAUUGUUUAAAAAGAAAGAUAAUCACUUUAUUACCCAUUCCCCAGUUUUGCAUAACCAACACUUUUGGAGUAGACUGUCCCUUUAAGCUAUUAAACUAAGAGAACCAUUUUGAAAAGAGCUGCGGAUACAGGAGAAAUAAAAUAUCAUGAGGAGUAGUAACUUCUUUUGUAAUUGUGCUCAGCAGUAUCCUUUUAAUUCUGUGUGCCUUUCAUGUGUGCUUAAAGGGACACUGUAGUCAAUGUUUGUCUUUGCUUCAGUUAAAAGAGUGCAUUUUAAUAUAUAUUAUAUAUUUUUUUUUAAAUCAUAUUCCUGUUCUGAAGAAAUAAUAGUUUUUUUUAUGUUGCUCAGAGGCGUGUCCCUCACCAGUAAAGCAGAAGCAGUUAUCCGCCUCUGAGGACUAAUAGGAAGUACAAAGCCAAUACUGCAGUACUAGUUUAAAUUUAAACAGAUUUUAAUUAAUUUUAAUUUUAUUUUCAGGCAAAACCAUUUUUCAUCAUGUGUAAAUGCUACUCAUAUACACGAUAGAACAUUUUUGAGUACAUUGUCCUCUUAAAGGAUAAUUAAACAGUUUUUUUUAAGUGGCUCCAAAUGUGGAAAUUAAAUGACACACGUUAUCAGCAUACUAGUGAGCUGAAGAUUCUCUAAUGCCGCUUGAGAUUUUCCAAUACAAACAUCUUUGCAAUAGUAUACUGGGACACUUUGUUAUGCAAUGUGUUAUAAAAAUUAAAAAAACUUUUUUUUCCCUUUAAAAA